UUUUAUAUUGAUUUCUCUAAUUUUUUAUGUGCAUCUUUAAAAGUCUUGGUCUUCUUUUCAACUCUUUGGUAGGUGAAAGUCUUGGUCUUCUUGAACUUGAUAAUUUUCUCUCUCCAUUCGCUCAUUAUCACUUGGCUUCACCAUAAUCCAUGCUUGUGCCCCUGCUCAAUAGUGUUCUCCUCUUGCUCGUCCAAACCUAGUGCUUGUGCUUGUUGAAUUGCUGUCGUUGAUCUCAUCCUGUUCACCGAUCUGCUCCAGAAAGUCUAUUUCGAAUAGUGACCGAUUCACCCAUGGCCAUUGGAGAGAUCGUUUUGGGUUCCUUCUUGGCUUCCCUCUUUCAGGUCCUGUUCGACAAGUUGGCUUCUCUCGCAUUGGGCUAUGCACAACGGGAAGGAAUUAGCACCGCCCUGCUCAAGGAGUGGGAGGAGAUGCUGGUCACAAUCAAUGCAGUGUUGGCUGAUGCAGAGGACAGGCAACUCAGGGGUAAGCCUCUAGUGAAACUGUGGCUGGACGAUGUUAGGGACUUGGCCUAUGACAUGGAAGACUUGCUUGAUGAGUUCGUGAUCCAAGCCGGUCAGGUUGACUCAGAGGCGAAAUCCAGCGCAAGCAAAGGUCCGGAGAAAUGGAAGUUCUCUUUCUUUGUCCGAGAUAAAUCCUCCGGAUCGAAUCCAAACCUGUGCUCGCUCGUGUCAGAAACUAAGGUACGAGAGAUCAAUGACAGGUUGAAAGCGAUUGUCACCACGAAGGCUCGUCUAAGCUUGAAAGAGAAUGUUGCAGACAUGUCCAACUUCAACAAAAAAAGGGACCCCACUAGUUCUCUUCUUGAGCCUCAAUUUUUUGGCAGGGAGAAGGAAAAAACAGAGAUACUUGAACUAUUGAUAAGUGAGGUCGAAAAUUCUGAUGCCACGCUGAAGAUAGUCCCCAUUGUUGGGAUGGGCGGUGUUGGAAAGACGGCCUUUGCUCAGGAGCUGUAUAAUGAUACCAAAGUAGAUAGCUAUUUCGAGAUAAGAGCGUGGGUUUGUGUGUCGGAUGUUUUUGAUAUUCUUGACAUAACAAAGACUAUUUUGCAAUCAAUCACCAGGUCGUCUUGCGAGCGUGAAGAUUUUAACGGGCUUCAAGUUAAGUUGAAGGAAAAUCUAUCCGGGAAGAAGUUUCUUGUGGUUUUAGACGAUAUCUGGAAUGAAGAGUACGGAAAAUGGACUGCCCUCUUAAAGCCAUUUGAAUCAGGGGCUAAGGGAAGCAAGAUUAUCAUCACGACUCGCAACAGUACUGUUGUGUCCAUAACAGGAGCUACGCCGUUUCCUUUGGAGGUGUUGUCCCUUGAUAAUUGUACAAGGUUAUUAGCCCUUCAUGCUCUUGGAGCAACAAAUUUUGAGAAAUACCCGGAACUUGAAACAAUAGGCAAGAAAAUAGCUGAAAGAUGUAAAGGUUUACCUUUGGCAGCGAAGAUGUUGGGCGGUGCCCUACGUAAUAAAAGGAAUCCUGAUGAAUGGGAAGUUACCUUAAAUAACAGAAUAUGGGGUCUUCCGAUGGCACAGAAGGAUGAGGUUCUCCCCGUUUUAAAAUUGAGCUAUGUACAUCUUCCUUCCUAUUUGAAGAGAUGUUUUGCUUAUUGUGCAGUAUUUCCCAAAGAUUACGAAAUCGAGAGGGAUGAGCUGAUACUCAUAUGGAUAGCGGAGGGCUUUAUAGAUGGACGAAACGCAAAGGAGAAUAUCUUGAGAUCUGGACGGAAUCACUUUGAUGAGUUAGUAUCCAGAUCAUUUCUUCAACAAUCAAGUGUUAACGCAUCUAAGUUUUCAAUGCAUGAUCUUUUGAAUGAUCUAGCAAAGUCAAUUGCGGGUGGGACUUGCUUUAGCUCAGGGGAUCCUCAGCAGGCAAGCAAUGAACAUGAUGCAUCAUCUCUUGAAAAAACUCGUUACGCAUCAUUCGUCUUACCGCAUUACGUUACGUCAAAAUGCUUGAGGGCAUAUCACAGAAUGAAGGCACUAAGAAGUUUAAUUCUAGUGCAUGUUGGAUCUAGUGGGGGCGUUUUCAAUAUUUCCAACAAGGUGCUACAUGACUUGCUAGCAGAAUUGAAGUAUUUGAGGGUGCUCUCAAUAUGUCACUGUUCCAUUGUAGAGGUACCGAAUUGUGUUGGUGAUUUAAAACAUCUUCAAAAUCUCAAUCUCUCAUACACUCAUAUCGAAAGGCUACCUGAGUCAAUUGUCGGCUUGUGCAAAUUACAAGCUUUGAUCUUAAGAAGUUGUCAUAACCUUUCAAAGUUGCCUCAAGGUAUCACAAAGUUGGUCAGCUUACAGAUUCUUGAUAUUAGAGAUACGAUGAGUCUAAAAGAGAUGCCGUUGGGUAUCGGUAAUUUGAAAAAUCUUACUAUCUUAUCCAAGUUUGUGGUAGGACUAGAUAAAGGGUCGAAGUUAGAGGAGUUAAAGAACCUGCCACAUCUUCAAGGAGAAUUAUUCAUAUCAGAAUUACAAAAGGUGGAAAAAGUUAGAGAUGCAGUUGAUGCUAAUUUGUUUCAAAAGCAAGGCCUUACCAACUUAUCCUUGCAUUGGGAUGAACAUUUGGGAAAUCUCCGGAAUCAUGAAAUGCAGAUGCUUAACUCUUUGCAACCUCACACUAAUCUUGAAAAUCUCACUAUCUCGUACUACGGUGGUUCAACAUUUCCAUCGUGGUUAGAUGGUUCAUCAUAUUCUAAAUUAGUGUCUUUGUGCUUGCGGGACUGUCCUAAUGUUAUAUCGCUACCCUCACUUGGACAACUACCUUCACUUAAAGAAUUAUCUCUUGAAGGUCUGCAUGCAGUGAAAAUGAUAGGCUCCGAAUUUUACGGAGGUAAAAGGCCUUUCUCAUCCUUAACAACUUUGAAGUUGAAAGAUAUGUUGGCAUGGAAGGAUUGGUUUCCUUACGCCGGGGGCCCAAAAGAAGAAGUCCCAUUCCCCUGUCUUCAGCAUCUUGUUGUCCAAAGUUGUCCUUCAUUGGUCGGGACAUUACCUUAUCAACUUGAUCAUCUCUUAGAGCUCAAAAUCUAUCAUUGCCCGCGUUUGAAUGACUCAACCGGUGUGGUUUGUCUUCCAUCUCUUCAUGAGUUAUAUUUUGAGGAUUGCAACAUGGAGAUCUUAAAGAGUUUCGUCAACCUAACUUCUCUAACCAUAUUGAAAAUUGAAAAUCUUGCGGAGCUUGUUUGCUUUGAUCCAGGGUUUAUGAGCUGCAUGCGUAAGUUGAAGGAGCUCGAUAUAGGAGGCUGUGGCGAGCUAACCUACAUGUGGCAAGAUGGAAAUGAAACGCGAAAACUUACUUGCCUCGAGAGUGUAGUCAUCGGAAAUUGUCCACGAUUCACAUCAUUUGUGGCGGAAGAAGGAGAGAUAGAGCUGUUGUGCAACCUUGAAAGGAUGGAAUUGAGGAAUUGCAUGAGUUUAGAAAGGCUUCCAAGCAAGAUGCAUGCAAUUAGACAUUUGAGCAUUUCGAAUUGUCCAAAAAUCAUGGGACUAACCAUUCCUCAAGAUGACCCCGACAGCAAUAACACGAUGUCACAACUUGAAUAUCUGGGGAUUAAUGAUCAGGAUUCUCGGAUAUCAUUUCCGUUUGCCGAGGGUGGACUUGCCGCUCUGAGGGAACUUUGUAUUGAGAAGUACGAGGGACUGAAAUCUUUGGCUAUUAGCUCUUGUAAGAAUCUAGGAAGCCUACCGCAGCGUCUUCACACGCUUGCCCAUCUCACUCAUUUGAGCAUAUUUAAUUGUCCGGUACUAGAGAUAGAGGACUUCCCUCCCCUUCCUCUCACCCUGUCGAAUUUCGCUCUCAGUCAAUGUCCGAAGAUAAAGUCUAUCACCAACUGUAACAUUGCCAGCUGUAAAAAUCUCACUGAAUUGGAUAUAAAUCGCUGUCCAGAAUUGGAGGUGGAGGACUUCCCUCCCCUUCCCAUGUCCCUAUCGAGACUCGUACUUUAUAUGUGCCCGAAGAUAAAGUCCCUACCAAAUGAGUGGCAUCGUCUUACUUCCCUCCGGUAUCUAUAUAUUACGGGUUGUGAAAAUAUCAAAUCCUUCCCCAAAGGGGAUUUGCCUCCCAAUUUGCAGUCGUUUUACAUUUAUGAGUGCGAGAACCUGAAGCAGCCAGUGAGAGAAUGGGGCCUACACAUGCUCGCUUCCCUCGAGAGUCUGGGAAUUGACGGAGUAAGCAUGGGAGGGGAGGGAGAGAAGGUGCGGUUUCCUUCGGAGGAGAACGAGGAGGAGGAGGAUGCGUGGAGUCUUCUCUUCCCUUCCUCUCUAACCAAACUUGCCAUUGGAGAGAUGAAGAACGUGGAAAGACUGUCGAGCGGUCUUCGCAACCAUCUCUCCUCUCUCCAAGAGUUACGGAUCCACGAUUGCCCGAAGUUGAGGUACUUGCCAGAGGAUGGCCUACCUCCCUCCCUCCAAAUAUUGUUUAUAAAAGGAUGCGAGAUUCUGGAAGACCGAUGCUCAAACCUCGGUGGCGACUAUUGGCCCCUCAUCCAAGACAUCCCUCUCAUCUACGUCGACGGCGUUCGGAUCCAAUGAAGUGAAAUCGAUCCACUUUCGCUUUCAUUUGCUGACUGCCGCGGUUCGUUCUUCCAUCUACGGUCAGAUUUCUAUGGGUUUGGGGAGUUCCGGAACAAAAGCUUCAAGCUCACUUGUGUUCCGUUGGUGUAACUGGAAAUCUUGCACUUCAACCAAUGUGUACCUUGUAUGAUACAUCUCCUCCCUCUCUGCUACUGUUGGAUCUGUAAAUUUUUUGUUGAAGCAAUUUUCGUAUGACAUUGUGAAGCUCUAUUAGAGGUGGUCAGAAAACCAGAGUUGCAUUUGCCGAGAUAACUUUCAAGAAACCUCACAUAGAUUUGCUUGACGAGCCAUCCAAUCAUCUGGAUUUGGAUGCAGUUGAGGCUUUCAUUCAAGGUCUGGUCUUGUUCCAAGGAGGAAUUCUGAUGGUUAGUCACAAUGAGCAUGUAAUAUCUGGAAACAUGGACGAGCUCUAGGUGGUUUCUCAAGGCAAGGUGGCGCCUUUCCAUGGGAAUUUCCAGGAUCAUAAGAAGAUACUUCAGUCCUCUUUGAAUCAGGCAAGUUUAGUUCUUGUCAUCAUCCAAGAUUGGUUCAAUGGGGUCACGGUACCUUACAAAACAUAUAAUGAGGCUUAGCUACAGAGAGAAAACAAAAAAGGACGUGGAGACGAUUGCUGCUGAUAUACAGGAUGUACUCACAGUUACAGCGGCCCACGUUUGUCGUUUGAUUAGGGCUCGUGGAAGGACAAGUCUAAGUUUUUGACAUUGAAUAUGCAGUAUCAUUUGCCAAUAGCUUAAAAAAUGAGUCUGGAUUGCAGUCCCGGUAUAAUUUAUGAGAAAUUAGCUGUAUGAAGAUAUUUUCCCCAUUUUUGAUGUUUGGCAUGAGUUGGAAAAAUUGGUUUCAAGCCUAACUUGUUAAUCUAGGGUUAUAGUGGCAAUCUUUAUCUGUAUGCAUGUUUUGACAUGUGCAUUAAAACCUGCAAUGUUGCUCUUCCAAUGGUUUUCGAGCACCAAAUUGUUCACCUCUUAACAUUGCCUUCUUUUCCACUCAGGAUGCUUCUUUACUAGCACUGGAGGUUUUGGUGAUAUGAGCACCCAAUGAAUGAGGUGAGGCCGGUUCCUAGGGUGGGCAGCUCUGGCCAAGUGUGCGGCACGACAUUCAAAAAGGGGAUGCGGAGACUAAGGAGUCCAGCAUGCCUAGAGUUGGGAGUGCUGCGAGCUGGUCCUCGCACUACUGAGUCUUAUGGUUUAUGGCCCUUUUUUGGCCAGGCCAUUAGCUAUUGAAUGGCCUUCUAUUGCUUAUAACCCAGUCACCCUUUCUCAUAUAUUGACAAUUUUCAGGCUCUCAUGGUCGUUUGCUCUAUGUUGAGAGUUUGAGAUGACAUUGCUUUAUGCAGCUGUUCCUGUUGCUUAUAAAACCAAGCCUUUACAGAACCUGAUCAUGCUAUGUGCAAUAAUAUCUUUCUGGCAUUUCAGUUAGCCAUCA